CCGGCUGUGACGUCACGUGGUGACCGUAGCUGCCUGCCUCCAUGCUGGAGUUGAUGUAACAGGCGUGAGGAUUGAUCAUUGUACCGGUGUUUUAGUUUUAUUGAUCGAAUAAACGGCGAUCAGACAGAUCUGUCAGCAGACAUGUCGUACUGCAAGCAGGAAGGUAAAGAUCGCAUCAUAUUUGUCACCAAAGAGGAUCAUGAAGCACCCAGUAACGCUGAGCUAAUAGAAGAUGACCCUAAUGAUCCGUAUGAGGAUCACGGUCUUAUUCUACCUAAUGGUGACAUAAACUGGAACUGCCCGUGUCUGGGCGGUAUGGCCAGUGGCCCUUGUGGACAGCAGUUCAAGGAAGCCUUUUCUUGUUUCCACUAUAGCAAAGAGGAGGUAAAGGGGUCAGAUUGUGUGGAAAACUUCCGGAGUAUGCAGGAGUGUAUGCAGAAAUACCCCGAGCUUUACCCCCAGGAAGACGACAAUGAUAGCGCCCCCUCUGGUGGGGCUAAUACUUCACCCAGUGAAUCCACUUCCACUGACUCUCUCCCUACAUCCUCUCCUGAUUCAGCACCAGUAGCCACAGAAAACCCAGCAGCAAGCUAAUGUCAUCCUGGCUUCGUUCCCACCGCACCUCACAGCAGAGACAGCUCCACUUUUGAGUAUGCAGAGAUCAUAUCAAAAUAUGCCACUAUGGAUAACUAUGAUGCUCUCCACCUGGCUGCAUGAUGCACAGAGAUGGGGGAAGCCCUUAAACUUCAGGUUUUUGAUUAAAAUAUUCAAAUGACAUUAACAUGCACUUGAGGGACCUUUAAAUAAUGAGUUUUGGGGAUCUGUAUGUUGAGUAUGGCCCCCUUUGAAUCGUCCAGCUUUCUAUUUUCUGGUUAUUUGCUCCACAACCUAAGCUAGUUUGACUUGUGUACAGAUCAAAGGCCGUUUGGCGGUUGUACUUUGACAACUGUGCAGUUUUGGGAUGAAAUACUCAAAUAACAAGUCUAUAUACAUUUCCUGUGUUGAUUUAUGUUGUACAACAUGAUUGAACAGUUUUUCCGAUGAAGAAAUCUGCUGCUGCUGACGCGUUUGAAAGCGCGUAGCCCAAGGUUGCAUAUUAAGUACAAACAGUAGGGGGCGUGAGUGAGUAAACCAGUAGCCUUACCUGUCAACCGAUGAUAAAGAAGUGAUUUGAUGGCGUUAAAACAACGCAUCAUAAAUGAGAAGAUCUUAUGUUUAGUAAGAACAUGCAAACAUCUGUUGUUCCAGAGACUAGUAGGCUUUGUUUAAAUGAAGCGUCUAACAUCGAGGGCUGUUUCUAGAUCCCUUUCCAACACAUGCUAACAUUAAACAGUGUUAAAGAAUUGUGCUGAUAUCAGAUCCUUUUUAAGCUCAUGUGGCUUAUUGAUACAUUAAAUCAGUGACAUGGUAACACUUUACAAUAAAAUUUAAUUUGUUAACAUUAGUUAGCAUGAACAACAAUGAACAAUACUUAUACAGCAUUUAUUAAUCUUGGUUAAUCUCAACAUUUACUAAUACAUUAUAAAAAAGUGACUGAACAUUAAUGUACUGGGAACUAACAUGAAUGUUUAUUAACUAACAUUAACAAAGGUUAAUAAAUGCUGUAAAAAAUAUAUUGAGCAUUGUUAGUUUAUGUAAGUUAAUGCAGUAACUGUUAACAAAUAAGAUCUUAAUGUAAAGUGCUACCAGUGACAUUUACAAAUCUGUAGGUUUUGUCAACAAGAGUGACUGUGUUUAGAUUGAAUUGAUUUGUCAUUCAAAGCCUUAAUAUGAUUAUUCUUGUUCUGAUUAAACAAGAAACCUGAUCUUUUCAUCCGUGAUGUACCCGUUUCUGUAAAAUGUUUUAAUAAAAUAGAAGAUCUUGAGUCCAAAUCAUGCAUAAGCACUGGGAGAAUUUGAA